GUUUGGCACAGGUAAAAGGUUUAAAUAGUAAAAAAGUAUAUUAUAUUUCUUACGUAUUUAAAGCUAGCAAAAAAAGUAUUUUAUAACAAAGAGAGCAUCUCAUCGUACUACACCGGUGAAACAAACUUUCAAUUUUACUAAAAUUGGAUCAUAGCUGGUUUUACUGCGAAACAAAAGUUCAUUAUUUUGAUAUGAUUCAACAUUUUGACGGAUAACUUACUCUAACCGUCUCUUAUCAUAUAAAUUAAGCUUUUCUCGCAACUUGAUUGGCUAAUCUGCACGAAAUAUAUGCUGUAUUUUGUUUUUCAACCGAGAAAAGAGUGCAGUUUUUACUUAUAUAAAGUGCAAAAAGCUUAUAUUCUUCCUUUCAUUGGCUGAUUUAGCGUGCAAAAAGCUUAUAUGUUUUCCUUGAUUGGUUGAAAAUUCGUAGGAAAAGCCUAUUAUGUUCUUAAAAACGAAAACGGUCGGUGAAUCGGUGAAUUUAUUUUCACAAAUAUUCAUUUUAUGUUUCGCAAAUUUUGUUUUGUUUCAAUAGUCAUUAAAUAGUCAUUAAUCAUAGAGCACGCGCUCCCCACCGGUUAUGAAAAAAAACAAUUGAAUUAUAUUCAACUAUUAUAGUCAACUUAAAAGAGUAAUAUUAUAGCACGACGAUGGAGUUCUGUGUUAUUUGGCUUAAGAAUAAUAAUUUAUUCUUUUAAAAAUUAAUAGUUUUUAUUUCCAUUCAGCGUGACAUGAACAUAAUUUGUUAUAAUGAUCUAAAACGCGCGUGACUUCAUAAAUUCAAAUAAAUUCAUGAACACAAAUUAAAUAAAUUAUCUUGCAGUGAUUUUAGUGGCCCCCAUAAAAAUGCUUGUUAAUAUCGCGAACAUAAUUAAGCAGUGUGCAACCGACUAUGUGAAAUUAACAUCAUAUAAGACCGAGUACAUGAUAAACAAGUUAUCGCACAUGCCCUCAAAAAGUAUCAGCUGAUAUUUUUUUCAUUUUUUAGUUCUCGUAUAUUUCACUCGCCUAAAGGCUCAUGAAAUAUGUAACAAGAACAUAAAAACACUCAAAAAAUAUUGCCGAUACUUUUCUCGGCACUGUGCCGUAACUAGUACAUAUACCUUUUUGAACUAAACAAUGAAGUAUUAAAGCAUGUCCAUUAUGCAGAAUUGUAAAAUAACGUUAUGAAAAAUAUUCGCCCAUACAAAUUUCAAACUUAGUUCGUGAGAAGAGUACCAGGUACAAAGUACAAUAACUGCGUUGUCAUUAUCUCGUGACAAAUGUUACGUAAGAAAGCAAAUCAACAUUUAUAUAUGUUUACAUUCCAGACAACUUCUUUUAUUUGUAUUGAAUUUUGUUCUAUUUUGUUUAUGCUUAGUCUGUUUGGUCUAAGUUGACGUUGAAAAUAAAAGAAAAGUACAAACUUAUUGUCAUUGUUGUUGUCAUGACGGGUUAUAGAAACUGUAAUUAUAGGAUAUUGGAAAAUGAAAUGGCAAGUUUCAAUAAAAUAGCGAAAGUUCGGUCAAGUAUAGAUUUUGAUAAGAGAAAUCGAUACAGAAAGUACAAGAACUGACUCAUGCCAUCUUAUGAAAAGCUGUGUGCAAUUAAACAAAUAAACACUUAAAUAGAUAUAAAUUUCAAACAAAAAGUCGCCCUAUUUAUUGCUUAGCAAAAACGGAGUACCAAAAAACCUUUUUAACCCUCUCAGAGUGGUAUGUAUUGACUAUUACUCAAAAAUACCCCUUAUAUUUAAAAGAAAUUCUUAUCUUAAAAACAUUAAACUCUUAACACAACUAUAUUUCGUCAAGGGGAUUAAUUUUGUUUUGUAUUUAUUAACCCGACUUCUCGAUUUUUUCGGAUUUUCUUCGAAAAUUAAAAAAGAAAAAAUAUUUUAAAUAACGAGUUUGCCUAUCAUUAAAAAUUAAAGGAAUUAAGUUUAAAGCAGGUACCACUGCAUCCAUUUUGUAUCAAGUUUAGUCGCACUUGGAAAAGCCUAUUAAAAGUUAUGGAGGGGAGCAGAGUUAAAACACUGGUACUGUAUUUUCACACACGUUCCAAAAAAAAUUAGUUGAUGACAAAAACGUUGUGUAAGAUAGUGUGAAAAAUUAAAAAAUGAUGAAUCAUUGUCAUCUUAUGACAAUGAUUAUGACAAGAUGUGUAACUAAAUAAAUAAACACUUGAACAUAUUUGCAUUCCAAACUUCUCCUUUCUUAGCAUAUACGAAGAAAGAGCACGUACUUCUAUUGAAAAUUGAAAAUUUGUAUUAUAUCAUUAACGUAUAUUAUUUAAUAUUAUUUUUUAUCCCAUGUAUCAAAAAAAUUAAAAAAGCUUGAAACCGUAAAUGUUUAAAUGGCUGGUGUCAUUGUGAUCAAAAAAACAUUUGAUCACAAUGCGUAUAAUGAAUAUACGUCAUUAUAUGGUCAAGUAGACGAAAGUGAUAGCAAUAAGUUGUCAGGGUAACCGAAAAAAACUAAUAGUGAUAGAUUGUUUUUUUUUAAUUACAGAGAUUGGGGACUUGGAUUCAAUCGUGAAGAAGCCUAAAUAAUAGAAGCGAGCGUUCAAUGAAAACAAUAAGCCGAACAGCAUUUAACGUUGAAAGAAUAUCAGGACAGGACAUAUAAUUACAUAUAUAUAAAAGAAAUCUGUUACACUGAAACAACGAACAAACGCACUAAUAAACAUUAUAUGUAGAAACAGAAAAAACGUUCUGUUAAGAGCAUUUUUGAAGAAAGAACGUCAACGCGGUCAUGGCAACAGCAGUACCUCCAACAGCAUCUUCUCACCACGCAUUGAUCGCAAACAAUGAAUAUCAAAUUAAAUUGGUCACGCUUCUCAAUGAAUGUUGUGACCACUUACGUGAAAUUUUACAUGAUCCUGCCCGUGGCAACAUGCCAAGGGAUAAGAAACAAUUAUAUUUGUCAUUGAAAAAAUAUAAGAAACAUUUAAACCAUCUGAAAAGAGAUCAGUUGGAAAUCGUUUUUCCGCAAGAUAAGGAAACAGAUUCGGAAUUGUUUGACAUCACUAUUUUAUGUGACGUUCUAAUUAAUUGUUGUCACGGUAUACAAGCACCAAUUGGUGGGUGGAGGAUAAGAAAACCGCAACCAAAUGAUUUCAGUGUCGGUGCUGACAUCAUUCGAAUCAGAAAUGAGCGCAAUAAUGUUAUGCAUGGAAGAGCAAUGAGUUCAGCACAAUAUAAUCAGCUAUGGAAUGCCAUAGAAGGUAUAUUAAGAAGACUCGGAUACGACAUAACGAAAAUUAAAGAUUUGAAAUCUGGUUGCUUGAAUGACUUAGACUUAUUUAAGAUCGAAAUUAUGAAAGCAGAUACUGAAAUUUUAAAUUUCAAUGUUAACAAAAAUAAAGACAGUAUUCAGCAAAACGAAGAUGGUAUUAAACAAAAUCAAGAUGACAUCAAAGCAAAUGAAGACAAUAUUCUGCAAAACGAGGAUGGUAUUAAACAAAAUCAAGAUGACAUCAAAGCAAAUAAAGACAGUAUUCAGCAAAACGAAGAUGGUAUUAAACAAAAUCAAGGUGACAUCAAAGCAAAUAAAGACAAUAUUCUGCAAAACGAAGAUGGUAUAAAACAAAAUCAAGAUAACAUCAAAGCAAAUAAAGACAAUAUUCAACAAAACGAAGAUGGUAUUAAACAAAAUCAAGGUGACAUUAAAGCAAUUAAAGACAGUAUUCAGCAAAACGAAGAUGGUAUUACACAAAAUCAAGAUGACAUCAAAGCAAAUAAAGACAAUAUUCAGAAAAACAAAGGUGGUAUUAAAGAGAAUAAAGAUAAUUAUAAUCGAUUAGCAGCUGAAGUGGAAAUAGUAAAGCAAACUAUCUCUUCAUCAUCAUGUGAUCAGAAGAGUUCUCAGUUGGAAGAAACUAUAAAAGAACAACCAAGUUAUAUACUAUUAAAAAAUUUCCGGGGAGAUUUUCUAAUACAAUUUGAAGAUGGCUGCUCGCAGUGGUCUAUGAAAAGUGUACAAGUCAUCAUUACUGAAAAUUUUGCGAUACAAUCAAUAGAACUUCAUGUCGACAACGAUUACAUUGUGGAAAAAGAAGAAGGGAAACUAAUCCUGAUUAUUUACAAUCACAUUGCCGAAUCUAUUAAUGGGUUAUCAGUUACGUUAGUUGACAGUGAAAGUAAAACUCAAUUGAUUCCAAUUAAAGAUAUUGCACUGGUCCGAGCACAUAUGUGUACAACUAGCUAUUUUGAUGUUAGAACCCACAACAGUGGAAGAAUAUCUGAACAGAUAAAAUGCAUUGUAGGAGCAGAAAGAGAAGAAACAAAUAUUGAAUUUAUAUGUGGUGGUAGCCUGCAAACAAUGGAACCUGAGGAGUACGAAGCAUUUGAAAGAGAUUACAUCCAGCGUUAUUUCACCGUCAAUGGUAAAUGCAUGGAAGAACCACUCCAAAUUCCACCCCCAAUGCCAAACGUCACACAUUCCUUAUUCGCACAAAAGAUAAAGGAUGUUAUAAUCGAAUUACAACAUCAUUUGUUUACAAUAUUUACUCAUUAUAGCACGAAGGAACAUAUUCAAUUUCUAAAACUGGAUAAAGAAUUUUCUUUGAGUUUGGAAAGCACAAUUACUGAUAACAAAAGAAUUCUACUUGUGUUGCCAAAUUAUAUCGUCAACAUUAGAUAUACAGAAACAACCGACGCAGUAAUAAUACAAGAUGAAGUCAAAGCGGGCGAAGAAGACUUGAAGGAGCUAUCUAUCAUCACUAAAAAAUAUCUUAAAAAUGGUCACCUGACAAUGGUAAAUAUUGUAGCUGCACCACAUUUCGCAGAUAUCGAAAAUAUCCACCUUUGUGUUGACUGCAACUUACUCUCCAAAACAACUUUGGCUGAGGAUAAAAAUAUGACGAAGUUCUUUUCAAAUAUUUUGCAAAGCUCACAAGUACAAAAUAAUGUUCAGGACAACAAGGAACGGUAUAUCAACAUAGUUGGUAAAGUCAUGUGUUUUAUGGCUACAAGAAAAGCACUCUAUUCUGUUCCUUCACUCAGUAACAACGUCCACGAACAAAUAAGCUCGUUAAUACUUUCUCCACAGCAACUCCGUCAUUUAUACAACAAGUCUUUAAAAAAAAUUAUAAUCGGUCCUCUAGGCAGUGGUAAGACAGUGCUAGCUUUAGCACAUUUGGAAAUAGCUUACGAGCGCUCUGAGAAUAGAUCGAUCAUAUACUAUGUUAUUUGGGACGGCAACACAUUGCUGAAACGGGAUAUUGUCAAUCAUACUAAAAGAUUUAAUUACAAAGCCGCUGUCAAAGUUGUUGUAAAGGAUACUGUCGAGUUAGCUAAGGAUUUGAAAAUGAAUGAAGUGCCAACACCAUACCAGCUAUUAGAGUCAUUGGUUAAGAAACAUGUUGACCAAAACCUGCAUCUAAUAAUUGAUGAAUUAAAUGGAGAGUUCUUUAACAAGGAAGAAUCAUCUUUGCUUAAACACUAUCUGGAAACUGAAGACAAAUUAAAUAACUCCUUCAUCAUUUUUUUCCCACAAUCCAUUGAGAAACAUAGAACAUUAAUUUCACACCAAAGAGUCACAAUACAUGACAAGUACAAGUAUGAAGAAACAGGAAUGAAAGUAUUAAAACUUAACAGAGCAAUGAGAACAACCCGGAUAAUCUUUCAGUUUUUAAAGGCUUUUGAAAAUGAAGUAGAACAAGACAAGGUAACAAUGAAGCUUCCCGAUCAGCAAUCAAAAGGUGGAAUGUCCACCCAAACAAAUAUCGAAAAAAUACUGAAUUUCUUUUACAAAAUUUGGAAAAAACAACCACAACAGCGGCAAGAGCCACAACGGCGACAACAACAGCAGCAGCAGCAGCAGCAACCACCACCACCACCACCACCACCACCACCACCACCACCACCACCACAACAACAACAACAACAACAACAACAAGGACAAACUACCAGUAGCAAUGUCACGCCGAUAAUAAAAGGAGAAGAAGAAGUAUUUGAAACACCGGUUGAUAUUGAUGUCGUUGCAGCUUCCAUACAAGAUGGGGAUCUUUCGGGUAAUGUUAGAAUUGACACUUCAUUGAAAUUUAAUACAGCUCAUUCAAUCGGUCAUUAUAUUGAAGGAACAAAACCGUUAUUGAUACAUCCGGCAAAUACUCCAACAACAGACAAAGAGUUUAUACCAAUGUUAGCACUUGUUUUACAAGAUGUAUGUUUGCAUCGUGCAACUAAACGUUUGUUCAUCUAUAACACAAUACCUCAAAAAGCUAUUUUUCAUAGAUUACUAAGACUAUUAAAGAUUGAUUUUCUUCACUACGACAAGUACACUGACUGGAAAGUUUUAAAUUGUGAUGAUAUCAUAGUUAAAAAUCCCUUGCAGAGUCAAAAUUAUAACAUGCUCACUACUAUUGAGGGAAUUCGUGGAGUUGAAGCAGCCGAAUGCAUCUGUAUAAUUGAAAGCAAUGAUUGCAAGUUAAAACAUUUGACGUUAGAAGCAAUGUCCAGAGCGACACAAAAACUGGUCCUUGUUUCAGCGUCCAACGUCUACCAAUCGGAUACAGUAAAAUCAUCAACUGGUCAUAUCAUCAGUAGACUGUUAACUGAACAUCUGGUUGAAUACAAUGUAGAAGUCUCAAACGAUGAAGAUACAGAAAUACCGUUCACAAAGUCUAUGGAAAGUAACAAUAAAAUAGUUUUUAACAUAAAACCACAAUAUUGGAAAUUCAAAGAAAUGAUAAAAGAUUUGGAACAUAUUGGUUUUCAGGUAACGGAUGAACGCCUAAAUGCGCAUGAGAUCGUUAGGAAAAACCUUUAUCCACCUGGAAAAGUGAGCAAUAUAAUUUGCUCAUAUUUGUCACUUCAAUCAUGCAUAUUGAGAUGGCAAAAGGACGCUAAUAAAUACACCGUUAGUAGACAAGAAAGUAAAAAUUCAACCUGGAAUAACUUAGCAACUGACAUUUCUUGCAAUCAAUACAUCGUUGAUGACAUGGAAAUUGGUGAAUCGUGCAAGUUUUGUGUAGUUGCUAAAAAUCAUCUUGGUGUAUCUGAUGACAGCAUUGUGUCUUAUCGUCACGAACUCUCAAUCGUCAAGGGUGUCCAAUUUGAAGAUAUCGUGAAAAUUAUUGAAUCUAACGAUAUCGAGAAACUGAAAAAAUUACUAUCCAUUCAUCCAAACAUCGUUCACAUGAGAGGUGAAGAUGAUUACACACCAUUGAUGUGGACAGUAUGGAACACCGACAAUACAUCAAUGGUGGAAAUACUCAUCUCAUAUGGGAGUGAUGUUUGGGCGGAAGAUGGAUUGAAAGAAAACAGUUAUCAUUUCGCUGCAAUUAAUGGUCGUCACAUAAUAUUAGAUAUGUUAUGUCGACAUGAUGUAACAAACAUCAACCGUGUAGAUGUUAACAACUGGACACCAUUACAUUAUGCUGCAAUUUAUGGUUACAUCUCAUGUGUUGAUGUUUUGUUACGUCAUGACAAUAUUAAUGUGAUGAUCGAAGAUAAAUAUGGAAAAACAGCUUAUGAUUGUGCUGGAUGUAUGAAUGGACAAAACCGGGAAAUAAUAAGACGAAAAAUAAAAGAAUACGAAGACAGGACGAAGUAGAUAUUUCAAAUGAUUUUGUUUUGAAAAACAACAAUCAGUUUGUAAGAUGAGGAACGAGUCCAUUUUUUAGUUUUAUUUUAUAUUGUAAUAAAUUUAUUUGUAGUAAAACGUACUGAAACAUUUUUCUGUUCGAUUUUUAUCAAGCCUUGUUUCGUUUAUAUUUCAUUCAGGAAGCGACACAUGUCCAAGGUCACGUGUUUUUUUAACUGUCUGAAACUUGCCGCAUGGUGCAAUGUAGAGUGAAUCUUAUUUAUUACAAACAUCAACUGAUAUACUUUCUCAACCUCGUCCCCAAGUCUUGUUAGACCUUUUAUAUUUUGAAGGCCUGAACAAGGCCCUGGCCCUGGCUGGUCACGUGACGACAGAAUACCCACGUAUAGUGGGUAUUUGGGUAUUUGUCUCGCUCUUCCAAAAUAUACACAAGCAGUCGAGAAAAAAAUAAAAGAACUGACACAAUUAUUUAGAAUGGUUAAAAUAAUAUUAAUAAGAAAAAAAUUAUAGAUAUUUUUAUAUAAAUAUUUUUAUAUAAAUAUUUUUAUAUAAAUAUUUUUAUAUAAAUAUUUUUAUAUAAAUAUUUUUAUAUAAAUAUUUUUAUAUUGUAAAAAAUAUUUUUAUUUAUUUAUAAUAACAUUAUUUAAUGUAUAAAAGAACUGUUAAUAAAUAUUGUAUAAUAUAUUAAACAUUCACACUUG